ACCGUUAACCACAAAACCAGCAGCAGCUAGGAAACACAUGCUCCAAAAACCACCACCAUCAGACAGAUCAAUACAGCGCCAAACCCCAAAUAACACGCACGCCUCAUACGGGAAAUCUUUUUAUAAAACAGCAGCCCUCGUCAAAAGGAGGUCUCUGCUCUUUCUCUACUCUUUCUUCUCUGUGUGUUUUGGAUAGUCAACUGCUAGCUACCAGUGACAGUGAUAGAUAAGGACAUACAGCCAGAGGAAACAGUCGUACAACACCUUAAAGAGAUGUCUGGUGGUCCCUUCACCUGCUUCUCCAACCUGGGAAUACUCCUUCUCCUACUCUCCAAACUCCACUAUGGUGUGGGUGUUUCGUCAUACUCGUUGUUCCACAAGACAGUAGGGGAAUCCGUGGAGAUGCCUGCAGACUUAGAGGGGCAAAAUGUCACCAUAAUGCAGUGGAAGUACAGAGGAAAGAAUAUUGCAGAAUUCAACUCAAAAGUUGUAUAUUCACCAGGAUCCCAGUUCGAUGGGAGACUAGAGAUGAAUGUCAUUAACUUCAGUUUAACAAUUAGGAAACUGACUCUGCAAGACUCAGGGGAAUUUCUAGUUGUUGCUGAAACAGACAAGCAGAUUCCCACUAAGGCUGUCACUCUGCAGGUUCAGGAGCCUAUAUUGAAGAUAGCAAUCCAGACAGACAUCAAGCUAUUGGCCAACCAGUCCUGUACGGUACGGCUGGUGUGCAACGUGUCCCGCUACCUGAACAUUACCUACACCUGGGAGAGAGACAAUGAGAUGUACGGGCACACCCAGCAGAUUCACUUCUCUCUCUCACCAGCAGAGGGAGACAUCAGUGUAAAGUGCAACGCCUCCAACCUGGUCAGUUGGAAAACUGCCUCUGCAACAGUAAAGUGUAGUAAUGACACAACCACCCCAGUGACAGGACAGGCGUGGUAUUCCAUCUACAUCGGAGUAUCAGUGGGAGGCGCUGUGGUGCUGAUCCUCACUGUAACUGUGGCAGUGUGCUACUGCAGGGGCCGAAGUAACACAGAAGAUCUAACUGACAACACAAUAUAUGCUGAUGUUAUGGACAACACAAAAAGUAGAGAUACAAGAUCAAACAGUCAGGUAAACCCAAUAUCCAUCUAUGAGACUGUCAAUGAUCUGGUUAUCCCAAGAUUGAACAAGCCGCAGACUCUGUAUGACAAGAUCACGUUUGGACGCCGGGAAGCCCACCCUUCUCAUUUCCAGGAAGUACUGUGAGCUGAACAGGAUGUGGUCAUAGGCUGCGCCUUCCAUAGAUAUAGAACCCUCUGCAUCCUCUGCAUCUUACACAUGUACAUUCUGUAGAUAGGCCUAGAUGUUACUGUUAAAUUUCAUCACGCCCUACACUAUUUGUUUACUUUCUCAUGAUUGUAAUCUUCACCCUUUGUUGAUCUCAUAUAUACAAUUGUAUAUAUUUACAAGUAUGUGGACAGCUAUUAAAAUUUGUGGAUUCAGCUAUUUCAGCCAAUCUCCACAGACAAACAUUGGCAGGAUAAUGGCAGUACUGAAGAGCUCAGUGACUUUAAUCAUGGCACCGUCAUGUUUGGGGCUGUUUUUCAUGGUUCACGCUAGGCCCCUUAGUUUCAGUCAAGGGAAAUCUUAACACUACAGAAUACAAUGACAUGCUAGAAGAUUCUAUGCUUCCAACUUUGUGGCAACAGUUUUUAUUUGUACCUUUAUUUAACUAGGCAAGUCAGUUAAGAACAAAUUCUUAUUUUCAAUGACGGCCUAGGAACAGUGGGUUAACUGCCUUGUUCAGGGGCAGAACGACAGAUUUUUACCUUGUCAGCUCAGGGAUUCGAUCUUGCAACCAUUCGGUAACUAGUCCAACGCUCUAGGCUAGGCUACGCUGCCACCCUUUUCUGUUUCAGCAUGACAAUGCCGUUGUGCACAAAGGGAGGUGCAUACAGAAAUGGCUUGUUGAGAUCGGUGUGGAAGAACUUGACUGGCCUGCACAGAGCCCUGACCUUAACCCCAAUGAACACCGUUGGGUUGAAUUGGAACGCUGACUGCAAGCCAGGCCUAAUUGACCGCAGAGUGAAGGAAAAGCAGCCAACAAGCGCUUAGCAUAUGCGGGAACUGCUUCAUAUGUGGGAACUGUUGGAAAAGCAUUCUUCAUUAAGCUGGUUGAGAGAAUGCCAAGAGUGUGCAAACCUGUCAUCAAGGCAAAGGGUGGCUACUUUGAACAAAAAUAUAAAAUAAUUCUUCAUUUGUUUAACAUGUUUUUGGUUACUACUUGAUUCCAUAUAUGUUAUUUCAUAGUUUUGAUGUCUUCACUAGUAUUCUACAAUGUGAAAAAUAGUAAAAAUAAAGAAAAACCCUUGAAUGAGUAGGUGUGUCCAAACUUUUGACUGGUACUGUAUACAGUUGAAGUCGGAAGUUUACACACACUUAUGUUGGAGUCAUUAAAACUUGUUUUUCAACCACUCCACAAAUUUCUUGUUAACAAACUAUAGUUUUGGCAAGUCGGUCACCGGCUUUCUAGCUGCCACCGAUCCACAUUUCUUUUUCCAUUUGUUAUGUCUUGAUUGUACACACCUGGUUCCCAUUACGUUAUUAUUAUUUCCCUAUUUAACCCUCUGGUUCUCAUUAUGUUUUGUGCGUGAUUGUUCCUGUUAGUCUUGUGUGUUAGAAUUUGUUAUCCCUACGUGGAUUUAUUGUACUGUUUAUUUUUCCCGAGUAAAAUACGUUAUUUUUACUCA